GUAAUAGUGGUUUUUUGCUUAUAAUAGUGACCGGAGGGAGUAGUAGUUUAUUUACAUGUUAGUCAUGUGUGAUGGGAUAAAUAGGAGUUCAAAAUAAUUAAAUAUAUGUUGGGCUUGUCAAUAUGGGCAUGAAGGGAAAUAAACAAAACAUGACUUGAAAAGAAAGAAAAGGAUUGGAAAGGCUUGCUUGCUGGUUAGUUACAUGAGAAAAAGAGAGACUGGGUUAUUUGUCUCUUUGUUGGACAUAUAUAAAAAGGGACGCGCUGAUUCACAGAAGAGUUUUUGGAAUAUACCCGUACAGUCCGACGAGAAACAGAAGAGAGAGACACGGAGUUUUGGGAAUAUAACGCGAUCCUCGAGUUCCACAUUCGAUCUUACCGUUUUAUUUUACUACUUUUACGAUUCGGUGGAACACAAAGUGGUGCUUGUAGAAUUUGAAUAGACACAAGUAUCUUUGACAUCAAUUUACUAAUGGAGUGCAACAAAGACGAGGCUGUGAGGGCUAAGCAAUUGGCAGAAAGUAGAAUGCAAAGGGGUCAAUUUGUAGAGGCACUGCGGUUUGCUAAUAAGGCCAAAAAUUUGUAUGCUGAUGUUGAUAACAUUACUCAGAUCCUUGCAAUUUGUGAGGUUCACACUGCUGCAUUGAACAAACUCUCUUGUUCUGAAAUGGACUGGUAUCAAAUUCUUCAGACAGAAAGACUCUCUGAGGAAGCAAUCAUAAAGAAACAGUACAGAAAGCUUGCACUGAUACUUCAUCCUGAUAAAAAUAAAUUUGCUGGUGCAGAAGCUGCUUUCAAGUUGAUUGGGGAAGCCAAUAGCGUGUUGAGUGACCAAGCAAAGCGGUCUUUACAUGACAUGAAGGUUAAAGCUCAUGUGAGAGCUGCAGCACCUAAGCGUAAGGCCCCAUCCCAUCACUCAAAUGGGAACAAAUUUGCAGCGAGAACUGCAGUACCUAAAACCCCAUCCCAUCACUCAAAUGGGAACAAAUUUGCAGCGAGAACUGCAGUAUCUAAGCGUAAGACCCCAUCCCAUCACUCAAAUGGGAACAAAUUUGCAGCGUCAACCCUUAAGGUGCGGGAAAAGUUAGAAAGAAUAGUGCAGAAACUGCAGUCUAAAAAAGUGCAAUUAAAAAUUAAGAAGGGAAUUAUGGACCAGUUUAAGCCGCAGCAGAGAGCUAAAAGGAGAAGAAAAUGGUAAGGACAAAUUAUGCAAUUUGUUAUCCAAUAUGAACUGUCAACUGCCACCGGCACCGCCAUCUACAUCAUCACAUGCAGUUCCAGUUGAUUCAUUUGAGUAUGAUAAUUAGGAGGAUGAAGAGUAGAAAUUUUUAUAUUCACUGUGUAAUAAUAUUUAGGAUAAAUUACAUCUACCUCCUUUAAGGUUUUUUUAAAUCUCACUUGCCUCCCUUAAAUUUGCAAAAAAUGCUGUAUUUUACUCCUCUAUUCAAACGUCUGUUA